AACUCUUCUUUACACGCGCACACACUAAACACACACAAAACCCUCGGCAGAUAUCUUGGCCGCCGCCGUAGCACCAAAAGUAGUCCGAAACAUGGAGACGGCGACUGCGACUGCAAGAACGGUGAAAGACGUUUCACCUCAUGAGUUUGUCAAGGCGUACGCCGCUCAUCUCAAGCGCUCCGGCAAGAUGGAGCUUCCACAUUGGACUGAUAUCGUCAAGACUGCUACAUUCAAGGAGCUUGCACCAUAUGACCCUGAUUGGUACUACAUCAGAGCUGCAUCAAUGGCAAGAAAGAUUUACUUGAGGGGAGGUCUUGGUGUUGGUGCUUUCCAGAGAAUCUAUGGUGGACGCAAGAGGAACGGAAGUGCCCCACCUCACUUCUGCAAGAGCAGUGGUGGUGUUGCUCGCCACAUUCUUCAGCAGUUGCAGACAAUGAACAUUGUUGACCUUGAUGUUAAGGGUGGGAGGAAGAUUACAUCGAAUGGAAGAAGAGAUCUUGAUCAAGUUGCAGGAAGAGUAGUUGUGGUUACUCCUUGAAAGAGAGCUUGAAAUGGAUACAUCAUUUCAGUUUUAUCUAUCUUUUUCCAGAUUUAGUUUACUGGUAAAUCUAUUUUCUGUUAUGCUCCCAUCAGACAUCAUUUUAUGUGUUAUUUUUGUUGGUUAGUUUUAAAGUUUGUCUCUUCACUUUUUGACAUUUUGCCCUUUAUCUUGAAAUCCAAUUUCAUGUAUUAAGAUUAUGGUUUUGUUUCAUGGUUAUUAACCAAGCAGUUAUAUUUUUUAA